AGAAAGAGACAAGAAAUAAGAAAGGAAGAGAGGAGUGGGGCAGGAGAAAAAGCGGGAACGGAAUGGAAAGGGAAAAUUUUGGAAGAGAGAAUGGGAGCAGGACAGAAGGUACAUAGAAGCUCUGUGUCACACAUUCGUCACUUCCGAUGGAGAAGACGGCACUAAACACUUGCAGAAAUCCUCCAAAGGGAGGCGAGCCGAGUUUGACACGUGGGAGACAGUGGACGGGGAGACUUGCUGUAUGAGACUGUUUGAACUGCGCAUGGCAGCUCAGGGAGACGAUGACGAGCAGAUUGUGAGGUCCUUGACGCAGAGUGCCGACGGCUUCAUCCUCGUCUACUCCAUCACCGACAAGCGGAGCUUCGACGCCGCAUCACGAGUCCACGAAGCCAUACACAAGAUCAGAAACAACAGCGACACCCCGUUAGUGCUGGUCGGUAACAAGGGCGACGCAUUCACGGAGCGGGAGGUUCUAGUGUCCGACGGCAGGGACAUGGCGUUUGAUAUCGGAACAGCAUUUUACGAGACUUCAACGAGAAUGGACAUGGAGAAGGUACGGAGUAUAUUUCAUGAUGUCAUAAGACAAGUGAGGUGCGUUCGGUCGCGCUCCCGUUGCCAGGAACAAGCUUGCAAUAAAGUGAGGGGAUUUAUUCACAGAUUGAGCUUGAGAUCAAAGCGGAAAUCACUCAAGAGACAAUCGACUGGAUGACGUCACUUGAUGACGUCAUUUGUGUGGACUUUUGUGUGAAUGGAUUACAAUACUGGUAUUUUCUUGAUGUGAUAUGGAUUGAUAUUUCUGUUAUGAUUUUGCUGAAUAACGUUGAUGAAGUUCAAAAUGUAUUUGUAGUGAAAGCCAUUAAAUACUCACGUGGA